GGCAGGCACAACUCGGUCUCUCGCUCUAAAUUCUGAAUAAAUCUCUAACUGUAAACAUGGCUCUCACAGAUUAUAAAUAUGACGAUUGGCUCAAUUGUUAAAACUCUGUAAACUCACUGGAAAGCCGUGGACGAAGCGAAUUUUCUGCUUAUAUUGGCUACAGUCGAUCCUGGACACCUAGGCGAAGGAGCAUCGCAAACCACAAAGGGUUCAUCCUAGAUGGACAUACUCAACAUGGCCGAAGAAGGGAUGGAGUUGGAGGGAUCUACUGUUAUAGCAGCUAUUAUAAACACCAGCCUAGAUGGCGUCUCAAACGUCACCAACAUUACCUUUUUUCCCUACUAUCAGCACUCUCUGUUUGUGGCUGCCAGCUACAUCCUGGCCUACUUGUUCAUCUUCUUGCUGUGCAUGGUGGGGAACAUCCUGGUGUGUCUGAUUGUACUGAAAAACCGUCGUAUGCGCACAGUCACCAACCUCUUCAUCCUCAACCUGGCUAUCAGUGACCUACUUGUGGGCAUCUUCUGCAUCCCUACAACACUGGUGGACAAUCUCAUCUCCGGUUGGCCUUUUUCCAACUUCAUCUGCAAGAUGAGUGGCUUUGUGCAGGGAGUAUCUGUUUCUGCAUCAGUCUUCACCCUGGUGGCCAUAGCUGUUGAAAGGUUUCGGUGUAUCGUGUACCCUCUACGACCCAAGCCAACUGUACUUGUUGCCAAGGCAGCCAUUGUGUUAAUCUGGGUGCUUGCAGUGGCGAUCAUGUGUCCUGCUGCUGUGGCACUGACUGUCGGGAAGGUUCCUUUCCACUCCUUGAUAUACAAAGAUGACUUCAACCAAACGCUCCCACUGUACACCUGCUACGAAAACUUUGCCAACCCUAAAAUGAGGAAGGUCUACACAGCGGUCCUGUUUGCUCACAUCUACCUGGUGCCGCUUACCACCAUAGCACUAAUGUAUGGAAGUAUUGGGGUCAAACUAUAUUGUUCUGUGGUUGCAAAAAGGGAGCAACAGCUGGCUAACACCACAGGUCAGGUUGGGGGUAGAAGGGGUGGUCAGCUAAUGAUUUCCCAGAAGAAGAUCAGAGUAAUAAAGAUGCUCAUCCUGGUGACUUUGCUUUUCAUGUUGUCCUGGUUGCCACUCUGGACCCUCAUGAUGAUGACUGACUAUGCAGGCUUGGACAGCGAUGUGGUGGACCUUCUAACCAGCUACAUUUUCCCCUUUGCUCACUGGCUGGCUUUCUCUAACUCCAGCAUUAACCCCAUCAUCUACGGCUACUACAAUGAAAACUUUAAGAGAAGUUUCCAGGUGGUUUGCGAGUCCAGGCCCUUCUGUUGCCUCGCCCAGUGCCAGCUGUGGAGGAGGAUGUCCAGGUGGAGUAGGAAACACAGACCGGUGCAAGCACCUUGUGCAGGUACUGACUCCAGAGGUGUCAAUAGCAACCAACCCAACCAUCCUGUCUUGGAACUGAGAAAUCGGGUCCACAACGACAACAGGUUGACUGAGGUCAACAUGGCUGUAAAGGUGGGAUGUGUGGUGGUCCACUCAGGGAAAAGUCUUUCAGAUCGAGGCUUAGAAAUGACAGCUGUACAGAAAGGCAGUAAUGGUGAGGAGCCAGGGAGGGUUAGCUCAAGGGUUUCAGUGCAUCAUGCUUGGGAAAACUGA